UGGAACAGUGCAUCUUCACCAUUUCUCCUGUCUUAGGCUGUUUUGCAGUGCAUUAUUUUGUAUUGUCUGGAUUUAUCCUCACAAAGAAUCUUUAGGCAACAUAAACAUAAUGGGGAAAAAAGACAAACAGCCACAGAAUACAUAGCCAUCUGCAAAACCCAGGUACUGCUACAAAACGUGGCCAUCACCUUUGCUCACCGUCCACUUUGUUAGUGACAGAAAUGUCUUCUCUGAAAAACAAAAAGUAGAAAUGUCACAUUUUAAAAAAGCAAACCCCAUAUAGAAUACACAAACCUCUCAAAACCAUAGUUCUCUUACCAUGAAUUAUGAGUCUCAGGGUGGCUGGCCUGCUCAUGUCUUUUCUUGAUGCUUCAUUGCAGUUGCCUUUAAAACACAAAUAUGAAAAAUAUGAGUAAAUCUUAAAUUCCUUUUAAAACUAUAACAAACUAAUUCUAAAACUAGAAAGGCAGCUAGCCAUAAAACUUGUUUAACCUAGCUAACAUAUGAUUUUAUUUUAGGCUACUGGCUGUUACGACCCUUUUAAGGUUAUCCAGGGGAAAAAGGAGUAACAUCGAGAUUGUGGCAAACAUAAAAUGGAGGCAGCAAGACACAAUGCAAGCACUGCCAGCGAAAGUGAUUUAUUAUGCAAAUUGAAAAAAAAUCCAUAUAACUACAAAGUAUUUUUGCAAAAAUAUAAAUCACUAAAGACACACCAAUAUGUACAAAUAUUUACAACUAAGAAAAAGAAAACUAAACAAAUCCACCCAAGAGAAAGGGGACGCUAGUGAUGCCAAAAAAUAAAGAAACACAACAAAAAACACUUCUAGCUUAUUUUAAACCUCUAACCUAACUAAAGAAAAUAAACAAAGAAAUCAAAUCUUCAGCGCCAAGAGCCGUAUACUUCCCUACUCUCAACUAAUACAAAUUAAACCUACAAGGGGUGGCGUUCCCCUCUUACCUAGGGUGUCUAAACAUCGAGUUACCUAAGUGUUGCAACGGAAGUCGCAUGACAUCUUCCCUAAUCCCUAUCCACCUUCCUCUUGAGUAAAGAGUAAACUUCAUAGAGCGUAAGCUCAUCAAAGCUCAAAGAGCAAUGCCAUCCGAGUAACAAAAUAACAAAAUAACCAAACGAAAUGGCAAAUCAAAAAGUGGUAAGGAUCAAGAAUGUCAGAACAAAACAAAAAGGAUUUUUACAUAAACUAAUAACAAAUAAGGCAAGUCAAAACGAGUAAAACUCAGGCACUCCCACAAGGACAUUUAUGGACGUAACACUGGCCAAUAACUACUAACACCUGAACAAAAUUUCACAUUAGUUAAUGUUAAUAAAGAUAAGCAUUGCUCAUUAAACAUAAUUUUAAUUCGGUAACUUAAUUCAAUAAGCUGUCAAAAAUCAUUUGAAACGACAGCGCAGUUUACCAUAGUAAAGUUUGUUACCGCCAUGUUGACGGGUAAAUGUUACUAUGGGUUAAACUGGUGUGCAAAAAUCUGACACAAACACACAGACAAACAUACUUAUAUUUUUACCUUGCUUGCUGGUCUUAUUCUCUCUUAAGGUGCAUCGACACCCAGCGCAGAUGUUCUCCGGAGCUCUUCCACUCUCGCGGGUUCAUCCCCGGGAACAACCCAACCCCCGACAAAAGACAAUAUAGAACCCAUUAUAUAUAACGUUACUAUCUACAGUGGAUGUGGACAGUAAAGUGAUGCCUCGGUAUAUUUCUGACGUACAGAUGUACUCCAAGUGCUUGCGCUGUUUCUGACAUGAAGGACAAACGGAUUUUCCAAUCAUUAUAAGCGAUGUAACACAUCCAGUGUAGUCAGUCCCAAGCUGUUGCUGCGUUGUAGACACGGUGUUGGGCAAAUCUUAUCAAUUGAAAUGUAAGAAAUGAGGAAAAUAAAACAACCUCAAUAGAAUGGCGCCAAAGACAGCAAAUACAGUAGUAUACAGCAAUUUUUAAAUAUACAGUAAGUCCCUGUAUAUGGGGACUGACAUCACAGAAAAUUCCCAUGAUGCAAAGGGUAUCACAGUUAUUUACUGUAAAGGGAAUUUGCAGUAUUAUACUGGGUGAUAUACAGUAAAUAACUGUAGAAAUUACAGAAAUGUCUAACAGUGCAGGUGAGUCUCGAACUGUCUCCUUCACACAGCAGCUUACAGUUGUGUUUAGAAUAACUAGAACUUUAAGCAGCCUCCACUGCUGGAACGGCAACGGCAUUCCAACAUCAUAUUGCGAGUUCGCGACUUAAGCUGCUACUUCGUGGCGUUCUAUUGUAACCGGAGAACAGCUGUUUUGCCGUAGUCGUUAAUUACAUUGUUCUCUUCACAUAUCUUUAGUCUCAGUGCUACUUGAGGUGCUGUUACUAACAGCAGACAUCUUUGUACACUCAAAAAAAUGGUUUUGUGCCACUGUUCGUUUUACUAAAAUAUUUUGUGUUAAGACAACGCACAUAUAUAUCGUUAUACACCAAAACACUAUUGUAUUGUGCUUAAAUAAGUUAAACUGUUUAAUUUCCCAUUAUACUUAAUUAUGAAUCGUUAAAGUAACGUAAAGGGCUUAAUUACGCCAUUCAAAAACCGGAUGUGACGAUUUCUAACAUAUGAUGAAGACAGCGCGAAGAAGGAGCAUGGCGGCAACGAUAGGAGUACCAGCAAGGUAGGACAUCUAAAGUUUCUUUGUGUUAAGCCCAAGUCUUUAAUUUCUGUUAGUGUUAGUGAAUUUCUGUUCCGAAUUUCGGUUAGUAUAGUCGAGUAUUGUGUGUAAUUAGUUUAUUGCGCCAUUAAUGGAUGAUUUCAUGCGAUUGGAAAAUGUGAGUUGCAUGUGGUCUGUAGUGAACACUUAUUAUAUACGUGUGCUUGUGGAACAAAGGAUGGGACAGUAUAUUACAAUUCAGAAUGUUUUUCUGGCGAAUUAAUGAGAUAAGCAGUUUAAUGACAAAACUUCCAUGUGCACUUAUACUCUACUCGAGUCUCAUUAAGCUCGGAAGCAAGUUCAAAUGCCACGGUCGACUGUUGCAGAAAUUUUAACGUAUCUGCUAUUCGUUUUUUUUGUUUCUUCUUUUUUUAUUACAGCAUGCAUUUUAUCACGGUUUCCUUCGUCACGGCCUAAUUUGGGUGAAAUAACGAAUGUCGACGGUGAAAACGACGUUUUGGAUAAAGAAUUAUUCUUGGACAGAACAACUCCCAGAGGGUGAUCUUUCAGGAUGGCAUGCCUACUUCUGUUGCUGAUCUAUCAAAGGAAAUUGCAAAGCAGUGCAAUCUACAAGGAAGUUUUAGAUUGCAAUUCAUGGACCCAGACUUUGAAGACGACUUCAUGAAUCUCAUGUCCACAUCAGAAAUCCAAGACAAAAGUACCCUGAAAGUGGUAUCAUUGACAACAUCAAGUGACCGUGAUGGCUCACCCAUACCACAUGUGGACACAUCUCAAAAUGAAAGUGCAUGCUCCUCAGCAUGCUCCUCACCAGCUCUGUCACUCUUGUCCUGUGACACCCUUGUAUUUUCUCCUCCAUCUACUUCAGGAUACUCUGAAUCUUCUGCAAGUUUGGCUCCUGUAUCGUCAUCUAGUAUAAAGUCAUCUGCAUGGCCAGCUGAAUUCACUGUGCCCCGUUUCACAUAUGAUGCUGAGCUCAAACUGGAACAAGGAAAUGCAGCCUUUAAAACACAGGGCGCUUUCCUCAGUCCUGACCCAAAGCUGAAAAUCUCCAUUUUAGAUGGACUUGCAGAAGAAAUUGUGAAAUACAAACUUUACCCUUCAGAUGCAGAAUAUGGUCAGGUGGCUGAAGCACUCAUUAAAAAGCACCCUUGCUUAAAAGAGAGAGGUUCUGUAACUGGAUACAGUGGAUGGAAAGCCAGUUUAAAAUAUAAACUUGGCAAUUAUAGAACAAAAUUGAGGAAUAUCGGCUACACAGAAGUCACAGUUAAUUCAAUCAAGCAUAAGCCAGAUGGAAUAUCCAGUCCUGCAUAUCGUGUAAAAAAACCACGCAAGGCUGAAGUGAACUACUGCCCUUCCCAUCCACAAGGGGAAACGGAUGAAACUCUUGAGGCAGUCAGACAAACCCUUCUGACUGAAGUAAAAAAGAAGAACAAUGAGAAGAAUGUAAGAAUGCUGAUGGACAAGAGUUUUUCCAUCAGGAGGCAUGAGGUGAUCAAGGAACCACUUAUCGCAGACUUCAAAACCAGGUGGCCUGCUCUUUUCAGGAAAGAAGAGGUUUGUGCAGAAUUUGAGAGAAUUACAACAGCCCCAUUGGUGUCAAGAUUAUUUGCCAACAUGGAUGCAUACAUUGCAAAGCUUAUGAAGAUUUUUGCAAGCAGAGGAGGAGUAGUUGGGCAAAGAAUUAAAACUCUCUUGGUGCCUACUACACAGACUGAUGACAUUGAAGUGAAGAGAGAAUGCAUAAUCAAAUCCCUAUGUGUCUACCUGAAUGAAGACCCUAGCAGUCUUAUUCUGGAGUUUAUGGAUACAGACGGUGCCAGCACUCAGGAGGCGAUCCAGAAAGCUGUCAUGGGAAUCUAUGUCAUAAGAUACGAAGGUGCCGACGUUGAAGAUAGCCCAGCAGAUGUUGGAGUGGUGUUGGAAGGUGAAAAAGUUCUCCAGGACCUUUGCAGUGUACCAUAUGCAACAGCCAUGUUGCUGGGACUGAUAUAUGGACUAAACUUAAGCUACCCUCCUGAACUUUAGGUACACUUUCGAGGUACUACAGAAGUUAUUUCUGGAGCUUGAUGGCAACAAGUUAUCCAAUAAAGUGCAAACAUUGAAGACAAAGCUCUUCUCUGUGUUCGAGUAAGGACUCUUCUUGGAAGGUUUUAUCGGUUACCUUUUAAAUGCCAAGUUUUAGAAUGGUUUGCCAUUUUUGCUGUUUUGUAAUGUGGGUUACACUUGUUCAACUGUAUUUAUCCAUGUUCAAAAUUGUUGCAAGGUGACUAUUUCCCGUAGGUGCUUAGGGCAUCUGUAAUUUUCAGUAAAAGAUCUAUCCAUUAGACUCUACAGCAGUGAUAUCAUUGAUUCAAGAUGUCAUUUGAUAAUUGUUAACUAUCCGUUCUUUUGUCUAAAUUGAAAAUAUUUUUGUUCAGAUUUAGAGGAAGUUGUGCAAGCUGCCCAUUUCUUGGAGGCUGCUUGGCAUAGUAGAAGUUACUUUUUCUGUAAAAGUUGUUUAAUACAUUACAGAAUUGAUUUCUGACCAGAACCUCAAUUAUAAUCUGCCAACGGUCAUCUGUCAAUUUGUUUUUUUUUCUUCAAUUAAGAGUAAGAAUUUCUUUAUUUUUGUUGACUUUUCUAAAAUAAUGCAUUGAAACUGAAAAACAAUGUUAAUGCAUUUGCACAAGUCUAAAGAUUCAUGAAUGUAAGAUUGAGCAGCCUGUUUAAAACUGUUUAUUAUGCUUGUUUAACAAAUACAAUUUGAUCAUUUGAUACAUA